AUGAAUUACCUAGACGGUACAACCUUGAAAGCUAGUUGCGCAGAAUACGGCAAAGCAUGGAAUCAAAAAUUCAAUGACAGGAACCGCAAGAAAGAAGAUCGCCCUUUCCUGAAGUGCUUACGAGGGGUGAAAAUGAAACGGGAGCUCUUGGACGCUUUUCUCCAAGAUACUGAUAGCUCUAUCUUGUCGCGAGAAGUCCAAUGGGUGAAAAGAAUAUUCGACAACAUACUACGUGGAAGCAACACGCUGGCUUGGGUAGAGUCCCGUGCGAAGACGUCUGACUCCAACCACAUGUCACCUGAAAACCUUACGCCGAACCAAUUGGCUAGUUUCAUCAAGAACCGGUCAACAAAUGCCGUAUCAGAUGCUGAUGUCAUUCGGCGCUUGAUUUUCAUACGACAACUCGAUCUGGACUUCGCAUAUGCUCUUGCAAAAACCUCAUCAUGGAACGAAGUCUUGGCAUUAAGGCCUGCAAUACGUAGACACAUGAUGCGUGAGACGGCCAUCAAUCACACCGGGUUUGAAACUUUCCGCUUGGAGCUGAGCCUACCAUAUCUGAUCCUGGAAGAACGAGAUCAGUCGCAAUCGUCUUCGGCUGAAGUAGGAUGCGGGAUUGAACGAUUGGAGACAGAUCUGUCUUUCUUAAAGAUUGAUGCAGACCAAGGUGACGGUCCAACGCACUUUUCCAUUUGGAAGGCACACGAAACCGUUCUUGUGUUUGGUUGCGAUGCGUUUGAAUGGACAGGCUAUGCAUUCUCGGCCCGUUGUCCCUCCAUGAAUGAAGGCCAGGAGUUAAACCCAGAGAAUGAAGACGAAGACAACAAUGGUAGCAUGCCAGACGAAGAUCUGUUUGCCACCGGGGAUACAAAUUAUGAUGACCAGCACGUUCUGGAUGCUAACUCGCCGAUAUGGGAUCCUAGAGUGUAUUUCCUCUGCGUACUAGCUAUUCGAGUGAAGAUCAUCGGCCAGCGGUAUGAUAGCCUGAUUCGUACUCUCGAAUUAGGCGUCGACGAGUGGACCAGAUCGAUAUACACGGUCAGGAGCCCACGGCCUGUUCCGAAUGCGAAAAUCAAUACCUCGCAGUUGGGGCAGGAGAUUAACCAGAUCCAAGAGGUUCUACAUGCCCUGAGAACACACCUGUCACGCACGAUAGCUGUGUGGGUGAGAUUCAGCGGCAUUGGUGGGGAUAUAUCCUUCUUCUCCGACGUGAGCGACCAAAAAGCCAAGUUCGCACUCCAGGACACGAGCGAAACCUUUGCGGAUCUGAAGUUUCAACUACAAAAGCUGGACGGAGUAGACCGAACCCUAGAAGAUGCGGCCAAGGCUCUUAAGAGGGCACUGGACGCCCAGAAUUAUCAGCUCGCCCAACAGACGUUGAGGUUGAACCAGAAGAUCAAUAUCAUAGCGAUUGACAGCCAAAGAUCGGUGGCAGAAACGAACCAAACGACGAAGGCGAACGUACAACUACUCCUGAUCACAAGCCCUUUCGCCUUCGCCCUCCAGUACUUCUGCGGCGAGCGAAACUUUCUCGGAAUUGAUCGUGGUCCGAAAGCUUUUGUGUUGUGUCUCUUUGUACUGUUAGCCCUUCUGCCACUAACGACACACGCCGUUGAAGCGCUCAUCUCAGCUAAAAACAAACUAAUUAAGCUUGCAUUGCGAAAGAUGGGCCGCGAGUCUGACCGGAUUAAAGAAUUCGAAUUGAACGACCUGGAGCAUCCUGACAGCCCGGAUCCUGCCAACACAAGAUCUCCACCUGUGCGGCAACGAGCUUGA